UUAAUUUGCCGGUUCAUUUAACUCAAACUGCCAGUUUAUUUACGGCUGUCCGGCUGUCCGGCUGCCUCCAAGAGAAAGCCAAAAAUACAAAUCGAUAUUAAAAUAUUAGCUGCAACGUGAAAACAAACGGCUAUUUAUACAAAGCUGUAACAUCCUCUCGAAUCUUCUCUCAGCACUACAAGAGAAAAGGAAUUAGGUUCUUGUGCAAGUCUUCUGAAGGAACAGAAAAGAAAAAAAAAUGGCUGGAAUAGAAAUGAUAUUUCCAAGAGAGUAUGGGUACGUUGCUCUGGUUCUUGUAGCCUAUUGCUUUCUCAAUUUCUGGAUGUCUAUUCAGGUGGGUAAGGCUAGAAGGAAGUACAAGGUGUCAUAUCCAACUCUUUACGCUAUAGAAUCUGAAAACAAAGAUGCUAAGCUCUUCAAUUGCGUCCAGAGAGGGCACCAGAACUCGCUAGAGAUGAUGCCCAUUUUCUUUACAAUGAUGAUUUUAGGAGGGUUAAGGCAUCCUUGUGUGUGUGGUUCUCUUGGAUUUCUGUAUACCAUUACUCGUUACUUCUAUUUCACUGGCUAUGCCACCGGAGAUCCCCAGAAACGGCUAACCAUCGGGAAAUAUGGGUUCUUGGCUUUGUUUGCCCUUAUGAUAUGCACUAUCUCAUUUGGCGUCAGUCUUCUUCGAGGAUAGUUUUUGGUUUCGGACAUGAACUUUGGCUUACAUUCAUCUACUGUUUCUCUCUUUUUAUUUGAAUGGUGCUGAUAUGUUUUGAGCAAGUGUGAAGCCUUUUUCGAAUACAUCCAUGCAAACGCAUGCUCAAUGUAAAACACUUUCUUCGUUUUUGCAGAACUAAGAUGCAUAUUGUUGGACAUGGAUUUUAAAAAUAUUAAUCUUAGAUGCUUUCUCAAAUUAAUUUUGUUGCUAAUGCUAUUCCAAAGCUUUAUGGAUUA